GGAAAAAACAACAUUAGUCACAUGGUCUCCAGGGAAACCCCAGGCCGCUGGUGACAGCCCAUAAUAUUCUGCUGCUGUCCGUCCACCUGCCUGGGUGUUUGGUGCACCAGCAACAAAAUGCCUACACGCACCUGGCUGAGAGUCACUGUUGGGUGAAAUACAGGAGACUGUCAAAUGCCGAAUAACUACAAGAGUGACACUUCGCAGUUUCCGAGAUGUGCUGUGACAAACACUGAAAUCAGGAGGGGUGUUGUUACAUGGGUCCUUUUUGGCUGAUUGAAAACUAGAUGUGCAGCUGCAUUCUGGAUCAUUUGCAAGGGCUUGACUGCAUUGGUUGGAAGGCCGGCCACGUACUGUAACAACAGCGCACAUCUCUCCUGUUCAGCACCAGAAAUGCAUCAGUGCUUCAGUCUAGCACAGGUGUCCAUCUAAACGCCCCUGUUAAAUCACACAAAACGACCACAAUUAGCCACAGUGACAUCUCGGAUGAGAGCGUAAAACAGAUUCUGACAGACGGGACACUGGAUGUACAAAGAAGAGAUUUUAUUUACGGGUGCGGGGUGAGCGGAUCGAGGUGAGGAGAAGAGAGGCGCCGGACGUGACAUGGGGUGCGGGUCGCCAUGGUGUUGCCGGGGGAGAUGGCGCAAGACGUCACUGUGAACGACGGCGGACACAAAGAGAGAAUACGACGAGAAGUGAAAAAGUGCAAGAGGGAGAUAUGGGGCACUGCGAAAGGCCUUGAAUCUGUAAGGGGACACAAUUAUUUAUAUGCCUGCUGAGGUCCAGAAAGGUUCAGUUGUGAAGCGGUCAAUGACAAAUAGGGAUGAUAGAAAGGACAAAUUUGUAAAAAUCUAGUACGAAAUACCUUUGUCAAGUUCUUGGAAAUGGAAUUUCGGACUACCUGCCCGCGUGUUGGUUACAUCUUGUUGACUAUGCUUUAGCAUGCUAUGCUUUAACAUUUUGUUCUUGAGAAAAAUACAUUUCAACAUCAAAAGCAUUCAGGUAUAUUCAUGUAAUUUUUGUACAAAAUGUUUCCGAGUAGUAUUUUUGAAGUAUAACAAAUACCUGUUUGUUAUAAAAAUACUACUACUAAUGUACCCAAAAUGUAUUUCUUAACGCUUAUUAAAAUAAAAAAGAGUUGCAUUAUAUCGAGUCACAAAUCCUGUAUAUAGAUCCGUGAACUCCAUGAUCUUGGCCCUCUCUCUGGUGAUUUAUCUGCCUCAGUUCUAAUAUUUGUCAGCACUGUGUUUUCUCCUCCUUGUCUAAAUGUCAUCCCUUCUUCGAAGACAAUAUAAAGAGAGAGAAAGAGAGAGCAGGGCAGAGGGAGUAAAAAGGGGGGAGGAUACUCGUAAAAAGAGCAACAAAAGUUUGGGAAAAUUAAACAUUAGGUAAGACACGUUCACACAGGGCCUGUGUCAGGACAGGUUCGUGCACCCUUCCACUGCUGUGUUCUAUCUAUAAGGUUAUUUAUAGUUAAGGCACAUAUUUCUCUUUCAAUUUCCGAUGGCUUUAAAGCAAAACGCUUUUGUGAAGGUCUCAAGAUUUAGGGGCAACAUUUUCUAAUGCACCAUUCACUGAUACUAGGUAACAGAUGCUAAAGUCCCAUACAUUCAGAAAAGGAAUCCCUUCCCUCUCUCUCUCUCUCUCUCUCUCUCUCUCACGUACACACUUAUUUGCAGAUCCACAGAUGUAAUUUGGCACUUGUCCUCUUUUUUGACACGCACACAAAUACAACACAGUCAAGGGUGUUAGACUUUGCAUAAUCCCACGAGUUGAAGCACUUGUCAUUAAGCAGAGGUCACAUAUUACGUCCUGAGUACAUUGAACAAUGAGUCCAAGCUCAUCCCUCAAUUCUAAUGUACUACGGUAAAAACAUUCAUCCCUCCCCUCUGCGUUGUCUCCAACCCUCCCACCCUUUAUUCAUCCUUCCUUUAUAACCCCACAACCAUCACUUCAUCCACACUUUUUUUAACCUUUGGACUACAUUCAUUUGGAGGACAAAUUGGAUUACAGAAUUCUGAAACUUUUUUCCACACAAACUGAUGCAGCCCUGAGCAGAGGAAAGGGCUUUGCUAGAUUUAUCUGUUUAACUGUAUUGUUUUUUACAGAACCAGAGAAGAUGAUAUAUUAUAAUGCAAUUCUAAUUUAUUAGCUGUAUAACUUGUAAUUUGGGUAACUUUACUCAAACCAGUCUUCUCUGGUCUUCAAACAAAACCAGACUCUUUUUUUAUAAAAAUGACAUAAGAUGAAUAUCUCUCUCUCUGUGACAAUAAGAUUACAGCUUAGAGGAAUUUUAUCUUUAAAACAAAUAGUUACAGAAGAUCAAUUUGAAUGAUAAAUUUGGAAUAGGACAUAAAUAUACUUGUUCGAAUGGUUCAUCUCCUGGAAUAUUUUGGAUCGGUGUGGACUUCAGAGUGAUAUGAGGGGAACAACCCAACAUCACAGGUACAGUAAAGGAAACAGACAGAUAAACAGUAAUUCAGACGCAGACAGGAAGACAGACAGACAGACAAUCUGAUGCCCACUGACUCCUCUGUGACUCUCACCGGACGACGACUCCUGCUGUUGCUAUGGGCAACCCACCUCACCAUGGCAACCAACUGGCUCUCUCUGGCACGUUUGCCACGCUCUCGUCCUGUGUCUGGUACAGAACCAUGUGGCCGUCUGAGGGGUUUAGCACCAGGACAAGUCGGGGUGUGUCGGGCACGGGGGGAGGUCAUGGAGUCUGUUCGAAAGGCUGCAGAGAUGGUCACUGAGGAGUGCCAACAUCAGUUUCGAAACCGGCGCUGGAAUUGUUCCACCACCCCACGCGGGAUUAAUGUGUUUGGACGAGUCAUGAAUCAAGGCACCCGUGAGGCAGCUUUUGUCCACGCUCUUGCAUCCGCAGCAGUAGCCGUGGCCGUGACUCGAGGCUGUAGCAGGGGAGAGCUGGAAAGAUGUGGCUGUGACCGUAAGGUCAGAGGGGUCAGCCCAGAGGGUUUCCAGUGGUCAGGCUGUUCCGAUAACCUGUCGUACGGCGUUGCGUUCUCUCAGAACUUCGUGGACGAGCCAGAGAGAGCAAAAGGCAUGUCGUCGGGACGGCCACUAAUGAACAUUCACAAUAACGAAGCGGGACGGAAGGCGAUUCUUCAUAACAUGCAGGUGGAGUGCAAGUGUCACGGCGUUUCUGGAUCAUGUGAGCUCAAAACCUGUUGGAAGGUCAUGCCUCCAUUUCGCCGGGUUGGUGCUGUGUUGAAAGAACGCUUCGAUGGAGCCACAGAGGUACGACUCACACGCGUGGGCUCUCGCACAGCUCUUCUUCCGCGGGACCCCCAGGUGAAGCCACCAGCCACACGGGAUCUGGUUUACUUGGCAUCCUCACCAGAUUUUUGCCGUCUAGAUCCAGACAACGGCAUCCCUGGUACUGCAGGGCGACGCUGUAAUGGAACCUCAAGGUUGGCACCAGAUGGAUGUGAGCUGUUAUGCUGCGGCCCAGGGUUCCGCGCAGGCCGAGCAGAGGUGGUGCAGCGUUGCUCGUGUAAGUUUUCCUGGUGCUGUUCGGUUCGCUGCCAGCAGUGUAAAAACACAGUGCUCAUACACACCUGCCGAGAAUGACGCGCUCCUGACCACCGAACACCUCCUCCACAAACCCCAUGUGAAGAUGACAACCAUCUCAAGUCAUCAUCUCCUGUUUGUUAAUGAAAGGGAACCGACCCAACUAGCAAAACAGAUUUCUCCACUUUCUUUGAACAAAUGUAAGAAUGUGGUUGGGUCAAAGACGAAAAAGGGUUAUGAAAACAAUAAGUGUAAUACUGCUUUAAAUUCUUGUUGUUCAAAAAAAGUGAAAAAGUUUUUUGUUUCAUUUAAUUGCAUUUUUGCUUUUGUGAGCAAAAAAUAAAUAUCAUAAAUGUUUCCCUGAUUUACAGAAGACGCCCACUAAAAUUUCUUUCAGUGUAACAAUCUUGUCAGGCAUAUUUACAACAAAAAUCAAUUUAUGACAUUAAAAGACUAAUCACUUUCACCUCAAAUGCUAAUUAGUUGUAAUUUUACAUUUAGCAAAAUUUGCCACUAUCCUAUAGGUUUUGCCCAUUUGUCAAAAAUAAUUUUUUACUCAUUUAAAGAAUAAUAAAAUGUAAUA